UGCUGCUGUUAGUUUCAAAGUUCACAUAUGAACUUCUUUGUACACUGCACAUGUGGUUUAUGAACAAAGUCUGAAUGAAAGAAGAAUUUAAGGGAAAAUAAGUGCCAGGUUUGUGGAUAAAAGCACAAUGUCAGACAGUGAAGAGAUGAUCAUAAACCUUGUUGUCCUUGGAAAAGCUCAGACUGGCAAAAGUGCUGCUGGGAACAGCCUGUUGGGCAGCUCAGACUUUGAGAGCCGUCUGUCCCCGAGCUCUGUGACUACGUGCUGCAGCCUCGGACGCAGCCGCCGCAUUUUGGGGCUCGUACGAAGAAAUGGCUGCGAGUCAGCUCUUCGUGUUCGAGUACUGGACACUCCAAGCUACCCUCACAGUGGCYUGAGCAAAGAGCAAGUGAGAGAUGCAGUGAGAGCAGCCCUGGCUCACCACUUCGGGGAGGAAGGCCUGCACUUGGCUCUCUUGGUCCUGAGGGCUGACCUGCCUCUGUGUCCAGAGGAAAGCGAKGACACACUUCAGUUCAUCCAGGAACUUCUGGGUCCCACAUGGAAGGAUUUCACUGCAGUUUUACUUACUCAUGCAGACAAGGCAGAAGAGGCUGGAUACAGUGAGGAAACAUACUUGCACAGUGCCUCAAAUACCCUGCUGUCACUUUUGAGCUCAGUACAGCAUAAAUAUAUUUUCCUACACAACCACAACAGCAUCAUUAAAGAGAAAAGAAAUAUUGUCUUAAGAAAGCUSUUGAAUUUUAUACAAAAAAAUAAUUAUCAAGUACUACUUAAACACAGCAAAGAAUAAAAUUAGUUUUCAGCUGCUCAUUUGCCUAUUUUCUACAGUAGGUAACAACUAAUAGAAAUAAAAGAGUACAAGCCAUCGAUUGGAAAACUCCAUAUGCAUACCAAAUACCUUUGAAUACACAAUUAGAAAWAUCUGUUUAGAUUACCAAAAUAGUUGCCUUUCAUAGAGUACCUCACACUACUGCAUCCAGAAUCCUAACUUCAACCACAAAAUCAGAACAAGCUAGUGCUCCAAAAUCAUGCUCCAAAUGUGUAUAUCGUUACAAAUGAGAUUUUACACUACACCAGACUGUAAAUUCCAGUUCACACAAAGACAGAU